AUGGAAGUUCAACUGACCGAUCAAUCUCUGUUAGAGUUAGUAAAUUUUAAGAUCGCUAAUGUACUACACCUUAGUAUAACAAGAUCAUGGCCUAAAUCAAAGAGACUUAUGCUUCCUUAAAUGAUGCUAACAUCCAAAAAUAUUAAUCUUUAGAUCCAUUAAAAAAGACUAACAAAAUUGACAAAGCUAACAAAAAAUUGAAAAGAACUUUGAGAUAAAACGAUAAACCAUUCACCCAAGAUGACAAUAUUAAGGUUGAAUCUUAAGAUAUGUAGCAACACUUAGAUUAAUUUAAAUCUAAGUUUAAUUCAAUUUUUAAGAACUUUGUUGAAAAUGUUAAGGGAGAAAUACUUAAAACUGAGUAAGAACUCCUCAAAAUAUCACAUUUUAAAUGA